GAGGACAGAUGGCGGCCACCACCAUGUGACGGUGGGGCCGCCGCUCGCUAUCCACUUUUAUUAGGAACCACGCACAGACAUAGUCACCAAUUACUAUAUAUAUAUAUAUUGGAGCAGUAAUAUACUAUCUACUAACAAUCAAUCUCCGCACUCUGCAGCUUUACAAUCAUACAGUACUGAACUUUUGCUUUAUUUUUUUCUCUCUUUCUUUUUCUACUCUUCUCUCUCAAUCAUUACGUUCCCACACACACGCUUUUCAGUUUAUCAUGCGAGCCAGUUUACGUUGAAUUUGUGCCGUUGAAGCAGUGGGUUGGGCGUAGUUUUACACUUUAUUAGUUCCUUGGAGUGGUUAUAAUUCAUCAAGGGAUGGAUAAUAGCGUCAUUUUGCAGUCGGAUGAUGAGUUUGAAGAUUUGGAGUCGCGCCGCUUUGACGACAGUUACAGCCUGAGCGCCGACGUCAGCGAGUCGGAAAGUUCGACUUCCAGUGCCGCAACCUUUUCUUCUGACCAUCGGCUGGUUUCGGCUUGCGCGGAGUCGUUUUCGCCGAAUUUGGCGUCGAAUUCCGAGUGUCUGCCGCCACCUCCGAUCAUGUUGCCAGUUGUAGGAGGUAGACACGUCAUCUUUCCGGCGGAGAAGCCGGAUAGAGAUAUACCCGAGCCGCCUGAAAUGACCGAGGCUGAGUUGAUGAAGGAGAGAUUUGCAAAGUUGUUGCUCGGAGAGGAUAUGUCUGGUGGAGGAAAGGGAGUAAGUACUGCUCUGGCAAUCUCCAAUGCGAUUACCAAUCUUGCUGCUAGUGUUUUUGGAGAGCUAUGGAAAUUGGAGCCAUUGGCGCCACAGAAAAGGUCAAUGUGGCAGCGAGAGAUGGAGUGGCUUUUGUGUGUCAGUGAUUCCAUAGUCGAGCUCGUUCCAUCAGUUCAAGAAUUUCCAGGUGGUGGCAGCUUUGAGAUUAUGGUGACUCAACAAAGAUCCGACUUAUAUGUCAAUCUUCCAGCGCUUAAGAAACUAGAUGGAAUGUUAAUUAGCAUCUUAGAUGGGUUUCGUGACACUGAAUUUUAUUAUGUGGACCGUGGGAUAGUUGUUGCCAAUGGGGAACACAUCGAAGCAUAUCCACGUUCACCAUCUUCAAGGAGGCCUUCCAUAACACUUGAAGAAAAAUGGUGGUUGCCAUUCCCAAAGGUUCCGGCAAAUGGUUUGUCUGAGGAGACCAGAAAGAGAUUGCAACAGUGCAAGGAGUGCACUCAUCAAAUUUUCAAAGCUGCGGUGGCCAUAAACAGCAGUGUGCUUUCAGAGAUGGAAGUACCGCAAGUUUACUUGGAGAGCCUGCCCAAGAGCGAGAAGGCUUGUUUAGGCGACAUCUUGUACCGUUAUAUUACUGCGGAUCAGUUUUCACCGGACUGUCUUCUUGAUUACCUGGACCUUUCAUCAGAAUAUAGUACUUUGGAAAUAGCAAAUAGGAUCGAGACAGCCAUACACUUCUGGAGGAUGAAAUAUCAAAAGAAGAAACUAAAUCAUGCAAAAACAGGCUCCUUCUGGGGAAGCACUGUAAAGGGCCUUGCUGGUGAUGUAGAAAAGAGUAAACUCUUUGCACAUCGAGCUGAUACCCUCCUAAAGAACUUAAAGUCGCACUUUCCUGGCCUCCCACAAACUGCUCUUGACAUGAGCAAGAUUCAAUAUAAUAAGGAUGUUGGGCAGUCAAUUCUUGAAAGCUAUUCUAGGGUGAUGGAGAGCUUAGCCUUCAACUUAAUGGCAAGGAUUGAUGAUCUUUUAUAUGUAGACGAUGCCACCAAACGACGUGCAAUGGCAGAGUCAAUAUCCAUACUCAACCGCAGGGGAUCAAUGGGUUCUCAUGAUCUGCAUAACCAAAAUUCUCCUAGUUCAUUCUCUAACCAAAGCUCUUAUUCAUCAUCACCGACGGGAUCUCCAUUCCGUUACUCAGUCCCAGUAACUCAGCGUCCCCAGCGACUAUACCGUACAACAAGCCACCCUGCUUAUGGGGAUCCACUGGAUAUAGAAUUUGAAAAUCUGACUUUGUGAUAAUUCAGGAAAAACCCUUUUGUUUUUUUUCCCAAUGGUGGUCUAAUUGAAGAGACAAGCUCUACAUUGCAUCUGAAACAGGCGAGUAAAGUUGAUCUACUCUUGGAUCCUCCCCAGGAUGGUGAUUGAAAGUUUCUGACUAGAUUUACAAAGAGGUAAAUGCCACAAUCUCUCAUGCACCCAUAUAGCUCUUACUUUAGGUAGGUUCAUAUCGGAUUCCGAGACCAAAAAUCAAGGUUGAAGAUACAUGUUACUAAUCCAGUUGCGUUAACCAUGUAGUUUACAAACUAUUUCCAUCAGGAAUUUCUUUUAA